AUGCCUCCCCCAGGCGACCCACUGAGGACAAUUCCAAGACCAGAACCAGACCAAAGUGACUGGCGCUGGCGUGACCAAAUAGCGAGUGUAGUUUCCAAGCCUACCCCGAGGCCGUGGUACACGAAUCCCGCAUCGCAGGCUGUUGUUUUGGCCUCGGUCUCCCAGGUGUGGCGCCAGGUUGCUAUCUCGACUCAAAGCCUCUGGUCCACGAUAUCCGUGAAUGUAGGGUGCACCCCAUGGAAUGGUGAUGUGGAGACGUACGCCAAAGUUACUGGGGAUUGGCUCAAUCGCUCUGGUCAACUACCAAUCGCUUUAUGGACCCACGAAGGAUUGAGGGAAACGGACGUGCUAUCCGGGAAGGGCUCGGAAAAGGAGAUUCAGACUCAGCCUGACAUCAGCGUUGUCCCAUUAUUCGAAGUGCUAAACGCGCACCUUGGACGCGCUGAGCGUCUGGAAAUCUGCAUCCCGAAGAAAUAUUUUCCCUAUCUGAACACCAACGUCGAUGCCCUCGUCACGCGCGAGCUUGAAAUUUCCAUCGCCGACGCGAAAGAACCCCAUUCCUCUCCCUUCGCCCCCACCAACACGUUGAUCAGUCCUCAAAGGUUGGUCCUAGAGCGCGUUCCCCCACACCUCGUCAAGAUCGCAUGGAUGCCUGCUCGAGUGGUGGAUUGCAAGAUAACAUGUAUUUACAAGCACUUUGGACAAAUUUCGACUCCCCCGACUGGAGUAAUCACCCUACCUUCCCUAAAGACCCUCGUACUCGACCCGACUCACUACGAGACCAACCUUGUUCGUUGCCUGACACUACCUGCGUUGGAAACUCUCGAGAGCCGCUCCAAGUUCAGCGCAAUUACGGAUAUGAUCAGACGUUCGCAGUGCAAGGUCCGGCAUCUUGUACUUGACGGAGACGAAUGGUAUCCUAACGAAAUCCACCCGUUACUUCAAGAGACGCCAUACCUCCUCGAAUUGCACGUUACAAAGGUCUGUAUCACAGCCGCUCUCGGAGAACAUCUCGCGACCACGGCCAUUACCACAGACCCCAGAAAGGAAUUCCUUCCGCGCCUACGCGUUUUUGACGUUCAUGCGGAGCUUGAAGAAUCCUUUGAAUGGGCAUCGAUCCUGGCUCUCUUCCCUCUGAUGACCGAGGGCGAUGGUCUCAGUGGCUCGCGGCGCCCAUUGUCGACGCUGCACUUGAUUUGCGUCACGAUUUGCACAGAAGAAUAUGACCCGGAUGAAGACGAGCGGAUAGAGAGGGACAUAAGUCCGCCGCCUAUGCAAAAGCAAGUUAUGAAACGCCUUCGGGAAUUGCGGGAUAGCGGCAUUGAUAUUUCUAUUGAGAAUGAUCAUUGGGAUCUGCUCGAGCCACCUAGGUGGCUGUCGUCGUCCGACGAGUUAGAGUCAGAGUGA